UCUGAUUAGCAGCUACUUAAAUUCUGGUGUGUCUGUUGUCCAUUUGAAUCACUUUACUGUUUGCUUUGUGCUUUUCACAUCCAAGUUCUAAACAAGGUUAAAUAUGACUCUCCCAGGACCAAAUGGAGGGAACCUGCACCCUGGUGCUAACAGUGCUGUACCAAACUGUGGGCCACAGGAUCCAGGACUGCACACCAAUGUCUCUGCACGUCCUGUCUUCUACGUUCAUGCGCCACCUCCACCCCCUUUCCUUCACUACCAGUGGCCCAUGCCCUUCUCAUAUAACCCAUUUACUGGCUUCCCAGGCAUGGGCUAUGGUAUGGUCAUGCCCCCAUUUCCUCCUCCCCCCUACAUGGAUCCUUCAGCCUAUCUUUUUCCCCAGCCUCAUAUCCAAGCAGUUGACUACAGGCGGUUGCUCCACCCCCAGGUCCAUGCUCCCAGUGCUCCCUUCUACAACCCAAACCAGACCCGCAGAGUUCGCCCCCCACAUAUAGUACAGCACAGAGAAACUAUGAACUCUGAGGUCCAAACAGAGCCCUUACACAGAGAUGCGGGUGGUUAUGGUGGGGGAAGCUUACUUGCCAGCUCAGAUUCUGGUAAUGGAACAGCCUCAAACUCUCCAUCUUCAAGCUCCAGUCCCCUAAAAAGAGGCUCUGCCAGUGUUGAGAAUCACACCUUACCUAGCAGUAAUGCAGAAGACUUCCAGAUUAGUAAGGCCAGUAUCGCAGUGAAACGUGGAAUCAACGUCCCACAUCCUGCGAACACUGUCCAUUCACAUAUCAGAGCAACUCGAGAAACACAAAAAAGCUGUACAGAUGCCAUUAAUCAGGAGAAUGUUCCCCCUUGCAGAGGUGGUCACUGUAAUAUGUGGUCAGUGAGUUCUCCAGAUAGUAUAAUCCCUAUCUGUAGCUCUUCUCAAGAAGAGAAUGAAGUUGCCAAAGAGAGACGUGUCUCUAUUCCUGACAUUCUGAUGAGUUGGGGAGGUGGGACACCACAAUCAAAAGUGAUAAAAAUGGCAGACAAGGUGCUGCCUUAUUACAACCACAAGGUAUUAUCCCAAACUGAAUUGGAGCAUGAAAUGCAUCUUUACCAGAGCCCAACUGUGACUCACAAUGCUCCAGUGAUGACUCAUGCUAAUGAUGCUGUGGGUGUGUUGAGUUCAAAGGCCAGUGAAACCUUUUUCAAGAUCCUCAAACUACCUUUAGCUUUCUCAGAUGCCAGAGGAGACAAUGAGCUUAUGGAACUGGAUGGUACUUUAAGGCCUUGCUUACCCUGCCGAGAUGAACUGUUGCAUUCACAAAACAAAUCCUACAAGAUCUCAGAUGAGCAAGAAGAUGGCAAUGAGACAAAUCUAGAGGAAGACACUCCAGAAGUCAUUCACAAUCAAAUGCCUUUAAAUAGCUGCCAGAUAAGGAAAAAAAUGAAUGAGUCUGUUUGGUCUGUGGAGUCUCUUCCCCCCUUUAUCCCCUCCAAGGAGUGGCUACUGCAGAAUGGGAUGCUUGGACCUGAGGUAAUUGUUGAGAUGGCAGAGGAAGCUGAAAAUUGUGAACAGUCAACAGAAAGUGACAACCUCAUUGUCAAAGAUGGUAAGAUGAAACAGCAUUGCAGGAUUCCCUCUGCUGACUCUGUUCCACUGUCAGACAGCUGUCUAACUCUCAGAACCACAGCUCAAAUGCCAUGUCCAACAAAGGUGCCAGAAAUGGAUUAUGAAAUGUUUACUUCUGAAAGGAGAGGACCAACACAAGGCCAGGGCAUGUCUCCAGAAAAUGUUCCACUGAUGUCCAUCAAAGGCCUGCAGAUCAAAAUUAAAUCUCCCCCCAUUGCCAAUGAUGUGGAUGAAAAUGGGUCUUCUGAACCUGAGGCUAAUCAAAGCCCAAACCAGGAACGUCUUAUUGUAAAUGAGCAAAAGGAGAAAACCCCCUGUCCUCCUGAACAGGAGGCAAUUCUACUCUUGAGCCCUACAUUAACAGAGGCAAUCUCUUCUGCAGAUCAACUGAUUGUACAAAACAUAAUAGACAUUGAGGUGGAAUUUGCAAGUGGGAGCAAACUCAGUCAUCUGAGAAAUGAGCAUUUGUGUGUACCAGGGGCUAAACAGGUUAUGACCGAAGUGUCUCCAUCAAAGGGACAUUUCGUGGAUUGUGGCAUUCAGUGUACGGUGUUACAGGAGCUGUGUGCUUGUAAAGAGAUGAUGGGUGACAUGGAAACCACAAGAAUGCAUCCUUUCAAAUAUUCAGAUGUGAAGAUGGCAAACAAAGGGCAGGAUGAAGGAUUUGGCAUAGAUGGACACAUGCAGAAAAACCAGAAGAGGCAUAAACAGUGGAGGAACAGAGGUUCAGGUAAUCCAUGUAAUUGAGA